UUUAUUUCGGCUUGACAAUGGAUCUUCCUUCCAAAUGCAGGCAGCUCCUUCGAACUGCCGUGAUUGCUGCAGUUAUUGCCUUCAUGGGCAUUGCUUACAUGGGUGUGGACUUUGAGCUGACCCUCAAAUUCUCGCAACCAUCAAUACUGUCUUUGGACGAACCACAAGACCAUCCGGCAUUGUCCAGCAGUUCAAGUCGCAAUGAUCAGAUUCUUACACCUAAGCUCUACAGGAACCUAUCAUGUCCCUUCGAAUGGAGCAAGUUUUCAUGCUUUCAUCAGGGACGCGAGGCUCAAGCUGAAGCAGCCCAUGAGCUGGUUGCCAAUGCUUGGAAGCAGCAAAGAAAAAGGACCGUCCGAGACUACUGGAAAUCUCCCUACUUUCUUCAAAGAGAUGAUGAUGAUAGUGAUGAUUCUACUACCGGUAGAAGUAACCUGCUGUUGGUUGGAGACUCAACGAUGCGACAAGUCUUUAUAGCGUUGGGGUGUCGAUUCUGGCAACUGGAUCAGAUUGAGGAAUAUCAUCUGGACUGGAAGGACCACUGGCCAUGCAAUGGAACUCCAAACUGCAUCACAAAAGGGAACCACUCUGGCUUUGAAACAGGUCGUAUACGGUUAAAAGAUGGCGGCCCAGAGAUCUUUUUCCUACCGCAUUCCGGUGCCCUCGGUGGUCAGCACGACAUUGUGGAUCGUUGGAUGCAAGGAUGGAACUCAACGCAACAACAGCUGUCCUUUCAACUGAAUCCGAAAGAGAAUGAGACCAUCUAUCACCUACAAAGUCAAAGGGAUGUUGUGGUGUACAACAUUGGUUUGCACUUGGGUCCAGCAAAGCGAAAGGACAUGUACGGCAAGCUCAACGAACUGGGACAGUCAUUGCUGACAUCCACCAAGUCACCUGCUACAACCAGCAGUGCUCCCACUUGGGUAUACAUGACCACCAUUACACAGCAUUUUCAAACGGUGGACGGUGUCUACAAUAGCGAGCCACUUAAAGUUUCUGCUUUGUCGAAUAGUACCACAAACAACAAUUGCCGGGGCUCCGUGCCGAAGAACCCCAGACGACUGGAUGAACUGCAAGUCUUCCACGAAGGCCAGAAUGUAAAUGUUCUUCUAGAUGUUCGGGAUGAAGCAAUGGGAAAAUAUCAUGUGGGAGGUAUUGAUUGUACCCACUACUGCAUGGCGGGACCACCUGAUUUGAUGGCCAUGCAACUAUUGGAUCGCCUAGCGCAGCAUUAUUUUGGAAGGAGCAAGGGAUAGCCUGCAGCAGUCACGUGCUGGGGUACUGUAGCGGUACGAUUGCAGUUGGAAAUAUAUGGGCAUGGUGAGAUGCGGAAAAGGUACCAGGUACUACCAACAACUCGGCGUAGAUUGAUGGUUUCAGUAGUGCCGUAGCCACAAUCAGUACGUCAAGGCAACAGCCCAUACUUUACUUGUUUGAGUCAAAUGCCCAUCUUAGUAUAGUCACUGGUAGACUCCUCGUUUCCAGUCGUAGCUGGCUGGGAGGAGGAGGUGUUGAGAAUGAUCAGAAGCACUCAGAGCUGGCCACCGGUCCGU